AUGGCAGACCAAUCCAAGGUGCUGGAGACAAUGGCCUCGCAGCUCACAGCGGUAACUGCUGGUCUGGAGGCUCUUCGAGUCCAAGGGGCGGCUCAAACAGCCGCGAACGCCGAGACAGCCGACAAGCUCGCGGAGAUGCAGCAGCGCAUCUCACAGCAUGACCUGCUCACAGGCGAUGGUCCCUCGGUGCUUUCCGCAGCAGCACCAGUGGCACGCCCGCAAGACUGGGAGAUCCGCAUCCCACAAGGAGACGCCGGAUCCUCACAGCCAGUGUCCAGAGAGGAGUGUGCGGCCAUGAUCACCGAAGCCUUGCGGAUCAACUCGCUCGAGCACGAGGUCCUCAACGAGAACAACGUCGGCUACCUGGAGUGGGACCUCACAACCACGACCAUGGAGGGCACGGGUGGAAAGAAGCUUUUGGCUCCGAUCUCCAUCCUCACAGUCCAGACCUAUGCCGCGAGAAAGAAGGUCAUGGAUGCAUGUUCUCUCGCAGUGGUUCGCUACUGGCGCGAGGUGAAGGACGAGGCCGGGCACGAGAUGGACCAGGGCGACGAUGAGAAGAAGCAGGAGGCGGACGCGAAGACCGACGCGGCCACCGACAGCAAGGACACGCCUGGGAGCGCCAGCUCGAUUCCCAAGACCACGGAGACAGACGCCACCGCACAGCCCUCACAGAAAGUCUGGGAGAUCAAGGCGGGGAACUGGAACUCUCCCAUCAAGAUGGCGCCUGGCAUCACCCAGUUCGAGCCACGCCUUGGAGCUCCCUUGCACGGGUUGAUCUUUGCACGCUUCAAGAAGGAGUCCUUGGAACCACAGGCACAGUUGCAGACUGGAAGUGCAAGCAAGGUUCAGCUGCCGGCGGAGCACAAGGACAAAGUCCUGAAGUACUGGCGAGACGUCUGGUACGAUCAGCUCAAGCAGCAGAUCUCACGGACGAAGGUGGAGAAGGAAGCUUUCUCUUCCGCCUCACAGAAGACAAGCCAAGACUAUGUGGCCGCAGCCGCAGCUCGCCUGAACAGGUUCCUCACCAAGGACCACCCGGACCGCCAGUUCCUUCAAGAUCUCCGCCCAGUCGACCAGCUGAUGGAGGAGAUGUCUGCCGACCAGGCCAUGGAGACAGAAGUGGCAGUGAAACCCCGGCCACCUUUGCCUUACAGGACACCAAAAGAAGGCAGCACUCCUGCACCGGAGCCCAGCAAUGAGCCAGAUUUUGCCAAGGAGCCCCACCACCCGUUCGACUCACAGGAGGAGGUCGACCAGGAGGUGGAGAACGAGAAGAGCAGCCACAAAAACCGCGGCUUUGACGUCUCGGGCUACUCCCCCUCACAGUGGCAGGACUGGGUCAACGGCAAGAAGCUCAGGAACUUGCUCUGA